UACUGCAGUGGCUUUCUGUGGAGCAGACCUCUACUCUUAACCCACGUGGACCGGGUUUUUAGCUCCUGCCUGGCCUGCGCCUCUUCUUCAUAUCGAACUCGUGUUCGUCUGUUUGGACUUACCUGCAACACCUCAGAAGAGUUUUGCCACUCUAGGUUGCGAGUUAGAUUUUGAGAGCAUCAUGAAUAACUGGAAGAAAGUGCUGCAGUGUCUGUGGUACCACAGAAAUUACAUCAUCAUCGUCGUCACUCCGAUUGCAUUCCUUCCUCUGCCUCUCAUCUCUCCUACAUCGGAAGCCCGAUGUGGUUACGCGAUCAUCCUCAUGGCUCUGUACUGGUGCACAGAGUGCAUGCCGCUGGCUGUGACUGCCUUACUGCCGGUCGUCCUCUUCCCUAUGAUGGGCAUCAUGAAAGGCGGAGAUGUCAGCAUUGAGUAUCUGAAAGACUCAAACAUGCUGUUCGUCGGAGGGCUGCUGGUAGCCAUCGCGGUUGAACACUGGAACCUACACAAACGCAUCGCACUCCGAGUUUUGCUGCUGGUUGGUGUUCGUCCAGCCCUGUUAAUGAUAGGCUUCAUGAUCGUCUCGUCGUUCUUGUCUAUGUGGAUCAGCAACACAGCCACCACAGCCAUGAUGCUGCCCAUCGCCCACGCUGUGCUCCAGCAGCUGAAAUCCACAGAGACGAAGGCAGAUGAACGUGAUAUCCAGGCACAAGCAGCGGACAACCAUGCAUUUGAGCUGGAAGAUAGACAAACCAAGCAGGACACAACAGAUGAAAAAGGCACAGUGGAAACUGUGUAUGAACAUGAGCAGACAGAUUUGGAGGAGUCCAGAAGAAAAGCCAUAGAGAUGAAGUAUGACCUUCUGACCAAAGGAAUGAGUCUGAGUGUGUGCUACUCUGCCAGCAUUGGGGGCACGGCCACGCUCACUGGGACCACCCCUAAUCUCAUCCUCAAGGGCCAAAUGGACAGGCUCUUCCCUGAGAAUCCUGAUGUGAUCAACUUUGCCAGCUGGUUUGGAUUUGCGUUUCCAAACAUGCUGCUCAUGCUAGUGCUCGCCUGGUUCUGGCUUCAGUUAACGUUCCUGGGCUUCAACCUGAAGAAGGCAUUUGGCUGUGGUGAGAAAAACGACAGAGACAGGGAGGCAUACGCAGUGAUGAAGGAGGAGUACAGGAAGCUGGGGAGCAUGAGGUUUGCAGAAGUGGCAGUCCUCACCAUCUUUGUCGUGCUCGUGCUUCUGUGGUUUACCAGGGAGCCAGGCUUCAUACCUGGCUGGGCCACAGUGCUGUUCAACAAGGAGGCUGCGUUUGUGACAGAUGGGACGGUUGCCAUCUUAAUGUCAAUGCUCUUCUUUGUCAUCCCCUCUCAGCUGCCAUUUGGGAAUUAUGGAUACACUGAUGAAGGUAAAAAGAUAAAGGCUCCACCAGCUCUACUGACCUGGCAGGUGGUCCAUGAACGAAUGCCCUGGAAUAUAGUCCUGCUGCUGGGAGGAGGCUUCGCGCUUGCUGCUGGGAGUGAGGCAUCUCAUCUAUCUGAAUGGUUGGGAGAAAGCUUGUCACCUCUUCAGAAAAUUCCCCCCUUUGCCAUCUCAAUGGUGCUCUCUCUACUUAUUGCCACAUUCACCGAGUGCUCCAGUAACACAGCCACCACCACCCUGUUCCUGCCCAUAUUGGCCUCAAUGGCCCAAAAUAUUAAGAUCCACCCACUCUACGUGAUGCUGCCCUGCACCAUUGCUUCCUCUCUGGCCUUCAUGCUACCUGUGGCCACACCACCCAAUGCCAUUGCCUUCUCCUAUGGAAACCUCAAAGUCAUAGACAUGGUGAAAGCUGGCUUCAUGCUGAACAUCAUUGGGAUCCUGUGCAUUAAUUUAGGCAUCAACACCUGGGGGAAAGCCAUGUUUGACUUGGGCACCUUUCCAGAUUGGGCCAACACUACAACUGUCAAACCUUGAAUUUGUUUAAAGCCUGUAAAAGUCAAAUAUGAUUCUAAUGCUGCACAAGCAGACAACGAACAAAAUAUCACAUUUUCCAACUGGGUCUUCAACCCACUUCAAACCAGGGAGAAAAGCUCAGAAUCCAUUAUGUGAAAUACACAAAACUUUUCUAACUUUGGUAGACAACAGUUUGUUGUUGCAGGGUUACCAUCACUCAUAGCGGGAAGCUGAAGAAGAAGAAAAAGAAAAAAAAAAUUCAGGUCCUUUAAAAGAAAGAACACUUUUUCAUUCUCACUGAAGAAGCAAAAUAAGUUAAAGAUUAAAUGUCAGUUUAAACUUGGUUAUAGAAAAGAACAAUGAAAGAUGUUUACCUGCAACUGAGACAAACUUCCUCAUGCCAUUUCAGUGACAGAACCAAAGAACACGUUUAAACCAAGGUUGUUUCCACAUUUCCCUGAAUUUAUUAUCAAAACAGUCUAUUUAUUAUUUACAGAUGAUGCACUCUGUGAUUAUUCGUAGCUUAAUGCAAAAUGUAAAUGAAUUUCAAUUCAUGGUAUCAGUUAAUUUAACUUAUUGCUGUGGUCAUUUUGUUGAAACCUUGUUUUUUUGCUGUAUUUAAUUUUUUUUUAUCAGUGUUUUUGUCACACAUUUUUUUUCAUAUGCACAAAUUUUAGUUCUUAUAAUUUGUAAAUACCAAUGUUGUAUUUAUAAUUGUUAAAAAACAAACAAACAAAAAUUUAUAAUGAAAGUGCUCUUUUUUCUUGCUGAGAAAAUCCCGGCCUAACCCCCAAAUAUGUUAUGGCCAAAUGGUAAAACAGAAACUCAGCAAGACUUAGAGGCAGAAUGUCAAAAUUCCCCUUACAGCAAAUGUAAAGCUCACUUAUUACAUGUUGCACCUUUUUUGUUUUAACUAUCUAAAGCAGAGGUGGGCAAUAAAUCAAGGGGUCACAUGAGAAAUUGGAAAUGUUGUUGUGGGCUGCACCGAUAAGCUUAUACAGAGAUUAAAGUAACAUUAAGCAUAACUGAGUUCAGCUUAUUGUGUGGUCCUCCACAGCAGUCACAGUUUUCUAUGUGGCCACUUUUGAAAAUUAAUUGCCCACCCUUGAUCUAAAGUAUAAAAUGUUAAACAGGUUAUUGCCUGGCUGAACCAAUUUUUUUUACUGCCCUGCCAAAAACACCCCAUGAAAUAAGCAUGACAUUUCAUUGCAAUUUUUUUUAUUUUUUUUUAUUUAAAUUAAGAAGCUAAAUAUACUAUAACAUGUUAAUAAGCGAGUGUACAGGGCCUGGGAGGCUAACCCUUUAAUUUCAAAAGGAGACAAGCUCUGUUUCCAGUCUGUAAGCUAAGCUAACUGUCUCCUGGCUCCAGCUUCAAACUGAACAGAAGGAUAUCAGUCAAAGCAAAUGAGAUUUUUAAACGCUUUCGCUUUGAAAGGUUCACUCCAAUAAUUAGAAAAACUCUGAAUAUUGUCUUUCAGCGCCACAAUAAAUUAAACAGAAAGCGCACAAAUAAAUGGCAGGAACGUGUUACUAAGAUUGUGCACAGUGACUACAGAAAAAAAAGUUGGUUGAAGGAUAACAGAGAUAAGAGGCUGCCAAGAGGAUGUAACUGUAGUGGAGGUCAGUUUUCAUCCCAGCAGAGAAAGGUGUGUUUUCAGCAUUACAGAAGAUAUGUGACCCAUUUCUAUUCUGUGGAAAUAAAGCAUCACUUGAACAAAG